CAUCCAGAUCUCAUUAUGCAUCAGAAAGAUGAAAAAACAGAGGAAAAUUCUAUGGAGAAAAGGAAUCCACUUAGCCUUUUCUGAGAAAUGGAAUACUGGGUUUGGAGGUUUUAAGAAGUUCUACUUUCAUCAGCACUUGUGCAUUCUGAAAGCAAAGUUGGGAAGGCCAGUUACUUGGAGCAGGCAGUUGAGGCAUUUCCAGUGCAGAGAGAAGGCCCUUCAAAUCCAGCAAACUUGGAUCCAGGAUGAACCGCUUUUUGCUAAGACAAAGUCGAAUGUGGCUGCUGAAAAUGUUAGUACUCUGUCCUCUAAAGUGAAAAGAAACAGCACUAAACACUUAGUUUCCUCCUCAAGGACCCUCCUGAAACUCCAAGCAGAGAAUUUGCUGUCAGCAAAGAACUCUGACCAUGAGUACCACGGAGAGAAAAAUCUCUUGCAGGCAGUUGCUGACUUACCAGCAAAUAGUGUUUUAGAUCAGGCUAUUGGUCACAGACCUAGGACGGAGCUGCAACCUUCUGACUUUCCCAUGAAGUUCAAUGGGGAGAGCCAAAGUUCAGGUGAGAGUGGCACAGUUGUGGUCACCUUGAGCAACCACAAGAGAAAGCGCUUUUGUUAUGGCUGCUACCGAGGGCUGGAGCACCACAGGAAUAGGGGACCUCUGACUCCAAAAAAGUUUCAACUUAACCAACAUAGAAGAAUAAAAGUAUCUCCUCUUAUGAUGUAUGAGAAAUUAUCCAUGAUUAGAUUUCGGUACAGGAUUCUCAGAUCCCAGCACUUCAGAACAAAAAGCAAAGUUUGCAAGCUAAAAAAAGCCCAGCAAAGCUGGGUGCAGGUCACUGGGGACCGUCAAGAGACCCUUAGGGAGAACGGUGAGGGUGGCAGUUGUAGCCCAUUCCCUUCCCCAGAACUUAAAGACCCUUCUUGUCGUCAUCAACCACACUUCCCAGGUAUGGACAGCAGUGCUGUGAUGAAGGAAAAGAACUCUCAUGUGCCUGAUGGCUGCACUAAAGGAAGCCCUUUCUUGGGCAAGGAGCUUAGUUUAGCUGAAGCAUUCCCUGACCAACAGAAUGGCAGUGCCACAUACACCUGGGACCAGUCACCCUCUUCCCCUCCUAAGUGGGAGUUUCCAGAGCUAAUUCAUGACAUCCCCUUACCAGAGCAUCAUUCUAGUAAUGUGUUUAUCUCAGAAACCGAAAGAGAAAAUAUGACUCCUGGUCAGGAAAAUCGGACAAGUACUGUCAAUGACGACACGGUAAAAUUGUCAGUGUCUGGGGCAGAUCAAUCUGUAAGUAAUGUAGAUGGGCCUAUGUCCGAAGAGACUGUUCAGAAAGAGAGCUCAUACCAGAUGGAUGAGGAUGGAUCUCUCAAACAGAACAUUCUUAGUUCUAAGUUGCUGGACCACCCUUACUGUAAAAGUCCGCUGGAGGCUCCUCUGAUGUGCAGUGGAGUCACACUAGAAAAUCAAGUGGGAGAUGGGAAGAACAGUCAAAAAGCAUCUCCAGUGGAUGAUGAACAGCUGUCAAUCUGCCUUUCUGGAUUCCUAGAUGAGGUUAUGAAGAAGUAUGGCAGUUUGGUUCCACUCAGUGAAAAAGAUGUCCUUGGAAGAUUAAAAGAUGUCUUUAAUGAAGACUUUUCUAAUAGAAAACCAUUUAUCAAUAGGGAAAUAACAAACUAUCGGGCCAGACAUCAAAAAUGCAACUUCCGUGUCUUCUACAAUAAGCACAUGCUAGAUAUGGAUGAUCUGGCGACACUGGAUGGUCAGAAUUGGCUGAAUGACCAGGUCAUUAAUAUGUACGGUGAGCUGAUAAUGGAUGCAGUCCCAGACAAAGUUCACUUCUUCAACAGCUUUUUUCAUAGACAGCUGGUAACCAAAGGAUAUAAUGGAGUAAAAAGAUGGACUAAAAAGGUGGAUUUAUUUAAAAAGAGUCUUCUGUUGAUUCCUAUUCACCUGGAAGUUCACUGGUCUCUCAUUACUGUGACACUUUCUAACCGAAAUAUUUCAUUUUAUGAUUCGCAAGGCAUUCAUUUUAAGUUUUGUGUAGAGAAUAUAAGAAAGUAUUUGCUGACUGAAGCCAGAGAAAAAAACAGACCUGAAUUUCUUCAGGGUUGGCAGACUGCUGUUACAAAGUGUAUUCCACAACAGAAAAAUGACAGUGACUGUGGAGUCUUUGUGCUCCAGUACUGCAAGUGCCUCGCCUUAGAUCAGCCUUUCCAGUUUUCCCAAGAAGACAUGCCCCGAGUACGGAAGAGGAUUUACAAGGAGUUGUGUGAAUGCCGGCUCAUGGACUAAAACCCAGCAAGGCUGGGAAGUCUGAUCAAGUUGGAGCAGAUGGUUUGUUACUUGAAUCUCCAAACACUUAUUUGAAUUCUAACAGAUAUUUCAGAUUGGUGGUAUUGGGCCACUAUUGUUACCUCAAGUUUAUUUUUAGCCCUUAUUCAUUUCUCUAACUACAAUGUACUAUUUUUUAAUGUUCAGAUUGGUUUCAGUUUUAACUUUAUGAAUUCCACAUGUUCUCCCCACCCCAUAUUUAAUAUUUAUUAUCCAAACGCAUGCAUAUAGACAGAGCAUGCAGUGCAGAGUAUUAAAAAAAAAAACACAAAAAAAACCUAGAUUUGGUACAGCUUUUGAAACUUAGAUAUGAACUGAAUACAGGUUUCGAAUAUAAUCCCAAAAACCUAAAAAAUACGGGAUGUUUUUGAUACAACAUAACUCUGAGAGUAUGAGGUAUUCCCUGGGCAUAGAGGAUAGCUAGUUGUUUUGACAAAGCCAGUCCUGUCUUACUUUUACCAGCAGUACCUUUCACGGACUUUCCUCUCUGAGUCUGGGAACGUGCGUUGCAUUCCUUUUGAAGGGUAAGAAGGAAGUGGCCAAAAACUAACUGGCAUGUUCUCUUCCUGGAGGCACAUGUGAGAAGAAUUAUAAUAAAUGCCUAAGUCUUAUAAAGGCUUUUGCUGGAACAUUGAAUUCCCUGGAUUUUUGUUUUUGACCCAUUAAAAAACUUAUUAUCUAAAACAAGUGGUCAAACAAAUGAGAAUUCAGCCUAAGAGUAAUUUACAAGUUGACACUUCCCUUUAUUACCUCCCAUAAGAAAUUAGGAUUUGCCAAAUACCUUUCUAUUUCAAGGGUAUUUAAAAUAUAAA